AUGUCUCCCGCGCCUCCAUCGUGGGCGGACGCCCCCAAACCUUCCCAUUGCUCCGCGCCCGCGCCAUCCUCCACUCACCGCAGCGGCUCCGCCCCCACUCGCGGCGUCAUGGCUCAAGUCGGAACCGCGUCCUCUCCGCUUCCCCCUCCUGCCGUCGCCGCAACUGCGCCAUCUGCCGCGGCAAGCGCGGAUCUUAAGGUCGCCGGCGGGCCCGCAGCCGCCGGCUCAUCCGCCGAUCCCGCCGCUUCCGCCUCAGCCGGCGGCGCAAGCGGAAGCGCUGAGAUGCGGAGCGCAAGCGACCAGCCGAAAACGCCGCAGGAGCUUCCCGGGCCGGGCUCCGCCACUUGCAGCGGAACCGGACGCGGCAGCGGGGGUUGCGGCAGCACUACUCUGGAACCAUGCGCACCCGACGAUGACGCGGAUGGCGAGCAGGCGGGUUCCGCGGAGGUCUUGCGGCCGUCUGCGCUGUUCGAUAUGAGUGCGCGGGGCGCAUCGUCCGCGACCGGCGCGACCGGCGUGGCGGGCGGAGGGCAGGCGGGGCUUGAAUGGGAGGCCACGGGGCUCAGCCACAAGCGCGCGCUGUCGGAAGGCGGGAACUUUAUGGCGGCCGGCGCCGCGGCGUCCGCGGCUGUUGCCGCCGGCGAUCUCUCCGAUAUGAAGCGCCUCCGACGGUUCGUCUCCGCGACGCGUCCCCCGCUCCGCGCGGACGCUUCCCCGCAGUUGCAGGCUACCUAUGGCGCAUCGCUGGGCUCCGCCGUGGACGGUGCGCCGCGCGCAAUGUCGGUGGAUGGCAAGUCGAUUAACGGGGGAUCCGCGACUGGCACGCCUGGCGGGAGCACUGCGACGACUGGUGGUGGCGACGUCGACGUGGACGUCGCAGGGGUGACGACGACGGCGACGGCGACGGCGACGGCGGCGAAUCUCUCCGCCAGCGCGUCCACGUCAGCGGUAUCAGCGCUGCGGCGCGUGGACGGGAGACAUCCGGGGCUUGGAUCAUCCGCGUCGCCCAUCCAUCGCGCCGCGGGCGCGUAUCAAGAAACCGCAUCCGAGGGUCUUCCGCGCGCGGCGGGGAAGGCUCCUCCGUCCGCUGAUAUGCGCAAUCUCUGCAACAUGCUCGGCCUCGACGCCACCACCCCGUCACUUCCCUCCGCCGCGUCCGUCCCCCCUGCGCCUGCGGAGAUCCCCCCUGCACCCUUCCCCCUGCCUCCCGCGGGCCCCUCUGCCCACAGCCAGCGGCGCAGCAAUAGCCCCCUCCAACCCGCCUCCCUGCGCAAGCACCUCACUCUGCCCAACCACUCCGUGCCGAGCCUGCUGGCGAAGCUGCGGCGCAGGCACGGACACGGGCACAGCUCGGCAGGGGGAUCUCCUGGCGCGCACUCGGGGGGCUCCGCCACUCCGCCCCUCGGGAGCUCCGCCGCGUCCGUGCGCCAGCUGAUGAAGGCGCUCGGCCUUCCCCCCGUGCCCUCGCCGCCACAGCCCUCCCUGCUUCACGCCGCAGGCGCGUCGCCCACCGCUCUCCACCGCAACGCACCGGGCGCGACCGCUGCGUCACUGCCCAACGCGACGGCGCUGAGCAGCGUGGUGGGCGGGCUGCAAGCGCAGCUGCACGCGAAGCAGCGGCGGCACCUGCACACGCAGCAGCAGCGCGCGGACCCCUCCGCGCUCACAGCAGCAGGCAGCGGCGCGGGCGCGUUCGGGUUCCCCACUUCUGUGGACGGGCUGUUUGACUGGAUCUCCCAGCCUGUCGGCUCCGAUUCCCCCGCGUUCCACGCCGACGCCUUUGCAGCGUGCGUGGGUGGCGACGCGAGUAUGGAUCCCGCUGCAUUCUCCGCUUCCGCUUCUGCUGCUUCCGCGUCUGCUUCCACUGCGGCUGCAGGGGAAGGCGGGCGAGGCCGCGCGGGCACGGACUCAUGGAGGAGCGCGGUCGGUGCUGGCUUGUGGAUCGGCCCGAGCCCUUCUGAAUCUGGGGGAGCGCUCACAGCCGGGCUUUCUGGGGGUCUCUGCCUGUCGUCCGCUGAUGGCAGGGUCCUCGUGGGCGGUGGGCACUCGGCAAGCACCAUGCGCUCUGUUUCUCCAGCUCUCGCUGCUACAGCCGCCAGUGGCGGUGGUAACGUCACUGGCGGCACGAAUGCUGCAGCGGAGGCGUUCAACCUGUCAGUGGUGCGGCAGAGCUACUUGGAGUCGCUCAAGGAUGUCUCGGGCGUGCCGGGCAUGUUGGGUGCGCCGGGCAUGGCAGACAUAGCGGACCUGCUCACGGGGACAGCGCCUCCCUGCAAGCCUAAAGACGCCUUUUCGUAUCCCUCUCCUGACGCCGCCAAUGCUGCCCCCAUGGGGCUUGAGGAGGUGAGGAUAGGGAUAUAUAGUGAUGACCGGUUGCGGUGCGCGUGGUGCGGCGCGCAGGUGACGAAGAAGGAGAAGUUCGAGGGGGAGCUGAAGAAGGAGCUCAAGCGCCUCCAACGUGUGAGGGACCAGAUCCGGUCAUGGCUGUCGACGAGCGAGGCCAAGGCGCACUUGGAGGAGCUGGAGGCGGCGCGGCGGCAGAUAGAGGUGGAGAUGGAGCGGUUCAAGCAGUGCGAGAAGGCCAGCAAGAUCAAGGCCUUCUCCAAGGAAGGCCUCGUGCAGCAGCCCCGGAAGGAUCCGUCUGAGAAGGCGAAAGUGGAGGCAGCAGCGUUUCUGAAGAAGUCAAUGGAUUCUCUGCAGGUGCAGAUCGAUGAGUACGAGGCCGAGAUCGAAACCAUCUCAGGUGGCAAGACGGGCAAGAAGCUGAACGCUAAGGUGCUGGAGCUGGAAGGCCAUGUCACCAAGCAUGGCUGGCACAAGACCAAGUUGGAUCAGGUGCUGCGGCUGCUGGAGAACGAGGAGAUAUCGCCUGAGGACGUGGAUGCACUCAAGGAGAGCAUCUCCUGGUACCUCGACAUGCACCAGGACGAGGACUACAUGGCAGACGAUGCACUGUACGACGACAUGCCCUUCCACAAGCUAUUUGGCAAACUCGCUGACGACUCUGCUGCAUUCUCCACCAGCUCCCGCACACCCACGGCAUCUAUGAGUCCACACACCACGGCCUCCUCCUCGCCGUUCUCUUCCACCCACGACUCCCCGCCCAAGGAGCUCGGCAGCCCUCAAAUCGGAAAACUGAAAGCGCGACUACCAUCCACCCUGUCGAGCCCACGCAAGGACCCCAGGCUCGACACGUCCCCCCUCUCCCCGUCCCCCCUCUCCCCCUCCCCGUCCUCAUCCCUCCUCGCCUCCUCGCCCCUCAAGCCAUUCUCACCACUGCCCACCGUGUUUGAACCUGCUACCACAGCCGCUGCUGCCACCGGCAGCCCUCUCUCGCGUGUCUCUGCUGCUCCAGAGCGCCACCUCUCAGCGUCGUUCCGACCCCAGCACCGCAAGGGGCUGGACCAAGCGGGUGGUGCAGAGGGGGAGGCGAAGGGGAAAGGCAGGGCGGAGGGGGAGGUGGGCGGGGAGAGGGAGCGGCGGGAAGGGGGAGUGGCGGGGCGAGGCGGGGGCAAGGGUGGGGGCGGUGGGGGAGGGAAGGGGGCUGGUGGGGAGGCGGGGUGGGAUGAGAAGGGUGCUGCACAGUCGUCGACGCUGUCAAUCCAGUUGGGGGAUGAGGAAGGCGCGGAGGGAGGAGUGAAGCACAAGGGUGGAGCGCAGACCAAAGAACCAUCCAUUGCAAAGGCAGUCCAGGCGGACAAACCAGCAGUGCUGCUGGAAGAAGGGGAGGGGAAGGAAGCUUCCACGAGCGCACGGGACGCAGGGAGAAGGAAGGCAGGGAGAGCAGGGGCUGAGAGUAGUGCAGUGCAGGAGAAGACUAGCAGCAGCGCUGGUAGUGUUCUUGGUAAGGUAGGCAGCACCGGUGGUGGGAGUAGUCUGGUGGGGAAGGGCGCAGAGAAGGCACCGGCGAGUGCGGGUGGGGAGAGGGAGGAGCGGAGGGAGAAGGAGGCGGGAGGGGCGGCAGGGAGGGUGGAUAUGGGGGGGAGCAUUGCGGGUGGUGGGGCAGAGGGUGGAGCGGAGGGCAGUGGCAGUAGCGCUCAUGCGCGCACCCAGGAUGCCUCUGCGCUCCCCUCGGAGCUGCUUCUGUCCCGCCCUGCAUCUGCUGGUCCAUCCAGCCCCGUGGCAGCUGAAGGCAAGCAGUCGUCACUGCUGAUGCGGCGAGCAGCCUCUGCAAUCACAGUGGACCUACCUUCCCUCCCUGACAACCUAGACGCUCUUGCUUCUCAACCCCCACCCCCCCUCAUGGAGAGUGGUGGCACUGGGCUUGCUGCGCAUCUCCCCACCACGCCCCCCGUGCUUCCCCCACCAGUGGCAGCGCCUGGGGGAACGCUCCCCCUCCAGGGCGGCCCAGGGGCCAGGUGGGGAGCUGGGGCAGGUGGGGCGGGUUUCCCCGGGACCUUGGAUGGGAGGCAGCAGGGGGCAGGGGCAGCAGGCGGAGCAGGGGGAACAGGGGGAGCAGGGGGAGCAGGCGGAGCAGGGGGAAUAGGGGGAGCAGGGGGAGCAGGCGGAGCAGGGGGAAUAGGGGGAGCAGGGGGAGCAGGCGCAGCAGGGGGAAUAGGGGGAGCAGGGGGAGCAGGGGGAGGCGGGGCAGGGCAGCAUGGAGUGCCGAUGCUGGGGAGUGGGCUGGCGCCACCUGUGCUACAGGGAAGAAUGGCUGGGGAGAUGAGCCAGAAUGACGCUCAGGCAGGGGCAUGGCAGCGGGCGCCUGCAGACAUGCCUGGUGCGCUGCAGCAGAUGCCUCCCAACCUCUCCCGAGUGCUCAUGCAGAAGCUGCAGCACCAGCACCUCAUGCAGCAGCAUGCUGCAAUGCCGUUGCUCGCUCAGCAGCAACAGCAGGUGCAGCAGGCGCAGCAGGUGCAGCAAGUGCAGCAGCAGCAGCAGGCGCUGUUACGGCAGUUGCCGGGGCACCCGGGGGCACAGGGAGGUGUGCUGCCGUCCCUGCAGCAGAGCCUGCUGGCUCAGCAGGCGCAGCAGAUGGCUCUCGCCUCUCACAAGCUGCAGCAGCAGCAGCAGCAGCAGCAGCAGCAGGAGAGGGCGCAAGCGCAGCAGAUGUUCCAGUCGUCUCAGCUGGUGCAACCACAGCUGCCAUGUGUGCUGGAAUCUCAUUUCUGCGCUGUGCUGUGUGUUCCCCAUUUUUACCCAUGGGUGCUUGCUGCAGCAUGGGGAGUGGAGCGGCGGCGGGAGGAGGAGCGCAGUGCGCUGCAGUGUGGGUUCCAGCACAUGCGCGACCAUGGCAUGGACGACCGCGUGCUCCGCACCAGUGCACCGAGUGCGGUGGUGAGGCCGGGGCGGCCGUGUGAGGUGCCGGCCAUGUGGCCGCACAAGCCCAUCGCACCGGAGCAUGCGCGCGCGCUCUUUGAGCGCCUUGGCAUGGACGCACUCUUCUUCGCCUUCUACUUCCAACAGAGCACGUACAUGCAGUACCUGGCAGCGAGGGAGCUGAAGAAGCAGUCAUGGCGCUUCCACAAGGGCUACAACACCUGGUUCCAGCGCCACGUCACCCCGCCCGUGAUAACGGAGGAGUACGAGAGGGGCGGCUAUGUGUACUUUGACUUCCACCUGCACGCCCCCCACCCCUCCGAUGCACAGCCCGCUGCCUCCACUGGCUGGUGUCAGCGGGUGAAGGACGACUUUAUGUUUGAGUACCAGCAUCUGGAGGACGAGCUGGACGCGUGA